AUGAUUGGGCUGGCUAGCUUGAUGAGAUUUAGAAAGCUGAGGCUGCUGUCCGAACAGACUCGGAUUAAUAUAAUACUGAAUAGAGCAAGCUCUAUCUGCGGAGACUCACUAACGCUAAGAGAUACUAAGAUGAAAAGUACGAGAAAUCGAUUUCGCGAUGAUCUGCAGAGCUGGUUGCUCUGGAUCAAGGGUGACCCGGGUAAAGGCAAGACUAUGCUCCUGUGCGGCAUCAUCGAUGAGCUAGAGAAGGGAACUAAUAGUCUCCUAUCCUAUUUCUUCUGCUAG